AUGGGUGAGACAACAAAAGGAGAUGCUACAAAACCAUCACCGAAUCAAAUCUCCUCACCUAAAGAUUCUUCUUCACUUGAUCACCAAACACCAGACCCAUCACUCCUCCUCCACCACCACCACCACCACCACCACCAACACCAAUCUUUCCUCCCUGCUCCAAUCUUCAUCCCCACCGUCUCUUCUCCCGGAGCUCCGGUCAUCCCAAAACGACCACGGUUCGCCACUUCCGGUGGUCUCUCUCCACCUCAAUGGAAAGCCUUGCCGUCUCCUUCCACCGUACCAACCGCCGCCACAUCAACGUCCCCUUCCACCGCCGUGGUAGCAGCUUCUUCAACCGAAACCGCCGGAUCUUCACCACCGGGUCAAGAAGCUACCAACACCGAGAAACAACAACACGAAACGGAGUCGUUUCAGCAUAAAUUCAGGAAAGGCAAAUACGUGAGCCCCGUGUGGAAACCAAACGAGAUGCUAUGGCUAGCAAGAGCCUGGAGAGUCCAGUACCAAAACCAAGGAACCGGGUCCGGAUCCGGAUCCGGGUCGGGUGAGGGUAGAGGGAAGACCCGGGCUGAAAAAGACAGGGAAGUAGCCGAGUUCUUGAACCAGCACGGUAUAAACCGGGAUUCGAAAAUCUCCGGUACGAAAUGGGACAACAUGCUUGGUGAGUUUAGGAAAGUGUACGAGUGGGAGAGAGGUGGAGAUAAAGAGAAAUUCGGUAAGAGUUACUUCAGGCUCUCUCCUUACGAGAGGAAACAACAUCGACUUCCCGCGUCUUUUGAUGAAGAAGUGUACCAAGAAUUGGCUCUUUUCAUGGGUCCACGUGUCAGAGCUCCGACUAUCAACCGCCGUGGUAGUGGCGGAGCUCCGGCGGAUGUUACCUUGACGCCUCAGUCCGUUGACGCGCUUCCUCUUCCUCUUCAUACACCGUUGCUGACUUCAAGAAACGAUGAUUCUGAUACUUCCAUUGGAAGAGGGAAGCGAUUAGCAGUAUCAAUAGUUGGAGAUGAUCAUCCUCAAUAUCCGUAUUCACACAAAAUUGCUAGAGGGUCAGGUUUAUUCUCUAAUAGAUACUACAAUCCUUCUUGCGAGACGAUCCCUUCUUCUUCUUCUUCGUCUUCCUCGCUAAAAGAUCUUCGUCGUGUUGGGAAAAUACGGUUGACUUGGGAGGAAUCGGUUAACUUGUGGGCUGAAGAAGGAGAGGUUGACUAUGGGAGAAUUAGGGUUAGUGGGUCGAGUUUCUUGAAUGCUGACGAACUCACUUACUUGGAUGAUUCCAUGGUGGCUUGUACAAUGGAAUCUUUCGAAGAUGGACCUCUCAAGGGGUUUUCUUUGGAUAAAUUCAUUUCUGGUCAACAUCUUAAAGUAUUUGGAAGACAAAAGUCAGCUUCAUCAUCUGCUCCUUCUCCUUCAGUUAGUAUGACAGGUUUGUUUGAUCGAGCACCGCUUCCACUCGCAGAACCGAUUUAUAAAUCAAUAUCAACAUUGGAGUUCCAAGACCCAUCAGAGCUUUACUUGAGUAAAUUGCGUGAGCCGGCGGGAAAUCUUCCGAGCUUAUUUGAACUCGCACGGUAUCUUCAAGAACCACCGCCAGAAAAUCUCCGGUUUCCUCUCCGGCGAGACGUAUACAAAGACCUGCCGCCGGGGAAAGAGCUCUUCUUCUCCACCUUCUCCACGGAGCUACUAGAUUGUAGAGCAAUCACAUACGAUAUCAUUAGCCCCAUAAUGUCCCGCUCAAACCCUAACAACGGUUUAGUCAUUUCGAGCAAAGACUCACUGAUCCCGCUUUGGGAUGACUGCGUUAACAGGAUGGUUUCAAAGUUUUGUGAAAUGGUGGUUUUGCGUAAACCGGAUUCGUCUUCUUGCGUUAUAAACGUUCAAGACCAGUGGCCAAACGUGAUGGGAUUCGUGAAAGGGUUUGGGUUAUGGAGAGGAGAAGAGGCCGAUAAGGUACUAGAAGGUGCAGCUGAUCCUUCUUCUCUAUUGGUCGAGAAGAUUCUUUGGUCGUACAACGAUCUUCCAUACAUUCUUGGAUAUCACGCUAUAGGUUUCACCGUAACGUUCUGCGCUUUGAGCCGUCCAUCGCAGGAUCGAGUCAUCUGCACAGAUCUUUAUUCAUUCGACGUCACAUCACCUUCCGAUCGAAUCAAAGCCUUGGUUCCCUGUUACCGUCUCGCUUCUCUUUUACCUUUGCUUGCAGAUAUGUGCACCACGAGGCCUCUAUGUUACAACGACUUCGAGAGAACCAACCAUGGAGAUUUCGUGACCGAGGUAACGCCUCACACGGUGACUAAGUAUUACUCAAGCAAGAGAAAAUGGAUCGGAGUGAAAGGUAUCUACGAUUUUCUCGACCAAAGAGUUCCACACGCGGAGCAUUUAGAUAGGGCAAGCGAGAAGGAUCUCUCCUUGAGUUUUAACCCACGUGGAAUCAAAGUCAAACCUCGUACCGUUGACCAGCUCAUCGAGUCCCUGAUGUGUGUGACUAGAUCGCUCGUUGCGCUUCAUGACCUUUCCUUCAUGCAUCGCGACAUGGGAUGGGACAAUGUAAUGAGAAGCUCGGAGAUGGCGACGUCGGAAGCGGAAUGGAUCGUCUGCGGGUUCGACGAGGCUGCUGAGUCCCCGCAGCUUAACCCGCACCGCCCCGCGGCACGGGAGGAGGUGGAGGGGGAGGAGCGUGGGAGACACGCGCCGGAGAUGGAGAGAGGGUUGCAUGCGGUGAAAGUGGAUGUGUGGGGAGUGGGUUAUAUGAUAAAGACUUGUGGAUUGAGUAAUGUGCCAAAGAUGUUGAGAGAGCUUCAAGGGAAGUGUUUGGAGCCGAACCAAGAGAAUAGACCGACCGCUGCUGAUUGCUUCCACCACCUCCUCCAGGUUCAAUCUGCCGGUACAUCGUCGUAUUAG